AUGUCAAACCAGGGUGGUGAGCAAUCGCGGGGUUCGCAAUCGGGUCGGGGUGCGUCGGGGCCGCAGUAUGUGAAUAUCUCUUCAGAUACUUCGACGUAUACGGAAGAUAGUAGUAUGUGGAGUGGGCAGAUGCAUGGCUACAUGCCACCAUCAGCGAGUGAAUCUGAUAUGGGAAAUCAGUGGUACUAUGGGUCGUGGGACGUUCCCAUGCCAUCGUAUCAAUCGACGUCGUAUUCACCGAUUGGAAACUUAGGACAGUUUCCGGGUCCGCAAGUGCAUCAGAGUGUAGCCGGGGCAGCGGCGAGAGAACAUACAGUAGAGCAGCCGGGACGACAACAGGUAGAUCCAACCUUGAGUAUGGUUCAUAAUCUACUGUCCCAGGUGCUGCAAGGACAAGCUGGUGCAGGCAAUGGAACGCCUCCUCCACCAGACUUCUUGAAGAUUGUCACAACGAUGAAAACGUUGGGGACAUACAAAUGUCCUCCGGAGUUCAAGAAGGAUGUGGCGAUUUACUAUCUUGAGAAGGAAGCACUAGAUUGGUGGAACAGUCUUGAUCGUCAGACUUACCAUACAAUCUUUACUUGGGAGAGCUUCCAAGAGGAGUUCAAGCGAAAGUACUUCCCCCCAGAAGCACGAGAUCGCAUGGAGCAAGCGUUUGUUGCUCUAACUCAAGGAAACCGGAGUGUGAGAGAGUAUGAGGCGGAAUUCAUUAAGUUACAAAAGUAUGUGACUUAUGGAUAUGGUGAUGAGAGAGCGAUGGUUCGCAAGUUUCUUCAGGGCUUGAAACCAGAGAUUGGUGGACGUCUACAAGCAGUGACAUACUCAUCUCUAUGA